AUGAGUGCCUUUGACAAAAUAUAUCGGAGUGCUAUUCCGAUGAAGUUUUUCACUAAGGGUUGGGGGAAACCCGAAGUUCUUCGCAAAUUGGUAGAAAACACGGAAUUCAUCACACGGCGCGACCGGUUUGAAACACUUGUAGCGCACGAGUCCCCCAUCACAUUUGAACAGCGGACUGUGCGCAAGAAUGCUUCCAUUCAGCAAAGCUUUGCCUGGGGUUAUGCUGCCGGAGAACGAACUAGCUCGGUAAUCAUUGCCGUAGUUUUGCUGACCACCUCUCAGGUUUCAGCUCAUUUUACCAAAAGAGUGGAUACCAAAAUAUCGACCGAUAUGCCUACAGCUCGCUGGAACUGGGGAUCACGUAAGUGGGGUGAUUGCUAUGUUACUAAGUCAUGUAUUAAGACAUAUUACCGCCGACGUCUUUUCCUGGCGAAUCGCCUUCUGGAAGACGGGAUUGCUUCGAUUAUCAUAAUGAACCCAUUUUACUCGAAACGGAAACCAAAAGAUCAAAGGGGUUCUUGUUUGAACUAUGUGUCCGAUUUGUUCAUCAUGGGCGGUGCGCUCAUCACAGAGUGUGCGACGUUGCUCCGAUGGUGCGAGACCAAUGGAUAUGGUCCUGUUGCCAUUCAUGGGAUUUCAAUGGGCGGUUAUAUGGCAAGUCUAUGUGCAACUGUAUGGCCGAAGCCGAUUUCUUUGAUCCCUUGUCUGUCUUGGACCACUGCAUCUGUUGUGUUCGUUGAUGGGAUUAUGGCUGGGGCCGUCGACUGGGAUACUCUGACAAAACAGUACUUCUCAGAUUCGAUAUUUUCCGACUGCAUUCGUCCCCUCAUCCAACCAUCUAUACCGGAAAAGUAUAGAUGCACCAGUACACUCGAAGAGAGCCCUCUCGAGAUGCAUUCCGAACCCAGUGCACAGCCCACUGUUACCUUGCGAUCCUCCUCUCCCGGUGAAGUAGACCCCGUUUUCAAUUCCAGUGGCACCAAUGCCAUGGUCAGUGAACCCAAUCCGUCGACACUCCUUCCAUCCAGCUCACCUACGUCUGUUUUGGAUUCGUCUCCAUCCACUUCUCCCAGUACAGUACAAUCAGAUGUUGCGCGAACAUUAUAUUUUCUCAGUCUUAUCCCUCUCAAACAGCUAGGUGAUAGCCGGACUUGGCACCUUCCCGAUGCAUUGCGCCGCCCUUUUGAUACAUCCAUCUGGCACACUGGAAUGUCCUACUUCCGGCCGUGGCCGCAAAACAUCAGCAACAUCAUUUCUACUCCACCGGACCCCGAAGUACGUCAGUUUUUACGUGAGCUGAUGGAUUAUUUCACGCAUCUUGGAAAUUUCUCACCCGUAACCGACCCACGUCUCGUGCUUGCUGUGACCGCGGAACAGGACGCCUAUGUUCCACGGCAUGGUGUAACUCCGCUCAAUAAGCUCUACCCUGGAGCUGAGAUACGAAUACUACCCCAGUCGGGUCAUGUUGGAGCAUACCUCCGCAAUGCUGUGUGGACCAGAGACUUUCGGCAAGCCAUAACCGAUUGCCUGAACCGGCAGGUGGAAUUGCACUACGGUGAACCCGGUCCCUUCCGCUCCUCGCAAACAAAACCUUCAGUGACCGAUGCACAAAAACCUUGAUUCUUCUGAACAACCUAGAACUUUGUAUUACUUUAUUUCCCCCUGUUUGAUUAUCAGUUUUGCUCGUGCAGAAACUUUCACUAAUUUUAUUUGCUCGUUUGUCGCUAGCACAUUCAAUUUUUGCCGUCCCUUCAGUUUUUCUUUCAGUCCGAAGAUUUGUAUUCUCAGAAAUAAAGCACGACACUUCUGACUUGAUUUUCUGCUUCGUU